AUGGACUCAAUUUCUACUGCCACUCCAUCCAAGCAGCUGAAUCCUAAAAAGCGCUUCCACUUCCCUGAUGAGGAUUACAGUGGCAAUCAUUACCCACUUAACCCAUCUUUGAAUAUUCCUUAUCCCAAAUCAGACAUCGAUUUUGCUUCUCCUUUUCGUCCUUCAGGGAAUAAAAUCCCCAAUUACCCUGGGAAUCCUGACCCUGAUACAGGAAUAGCCUCAUAUCCCUGGAUUCUCAGUUCUCCUGGAGCCUUCCUCUACCACACUCCUAGCUUUCCCAUAACUACUUGGUUGGUCCCCUCUUCUCCUCCUCAGAAAUCUUCCCAAUUUGUCCUUCCCGCAAGUAGACUUGAAGGACCUUUUUUCCCACUCAAUGCCCCCAUGCCGACGGCUGCUGAACCUUAUAUAGCUACACUUCUUGUAGCCGCACCCACUACACCACCUCCCAACCCAAAGCUUAUUGCGGUUGAGCCUGGGCCAGAAGAGCCUGAUGAAGCCCAGCCUGCUGCUUCAGAAACUUGGCCUUCUACCUCUCUUGACUAG